AUGUCCCGAAAAUUGAUAUUCCCCACUCUCUGGAUAUUCCUCGGUCUAUCUGCUGCGCGUCCAGCAUCCACCCUUAUGGCGGAUGCAUCAUCAGCUAAUACCAAGUAUCUCAUCACAUUGUACCGGCGACUCUUAUUCCACAACCGGCUUCAGCAUUCAAGGAAGUUAUCCCUCAGCUACAAACCCUCUCGGCAAUCCAGAGCUUCCCGGCCAGACAUCAGACUGAGGCUAAAUUGCAUCGGCUUCUUGACUUCCCAGUACAACACCUCGCUCACAUUUUCUUUCAAUUUUACUGUGGGUGGAGCGACCACAGACUCCAACAUUGUUCCACCUUGGAACUUCUCUGUCCCCAGCCUCAUUGACCAGGUGAAACUCUUUAGCAACAGCAUCGCUUCUAAGCCGCUAUCCGCCCCCUGGGAUAGUUGCAACACCCUGGCCGGAAAUAAUGACCUUGGGGGUAGCUAUGCGCGAUCUGAUUUAGACACGCUCCUACUCCGUAUCAUGUAUAGUUACUUUGGCCAGCUACAGAUCUUAUAUAAUACAAGAAUCAGAUAUUUCAUCCUACUUGCUAUCCCUCCUAUGGAGAAAACACCAGUUGUUAUGGAAAGAGGCAGCGAAGCUAUUGCCCAAGAGACCGCUGCAAUUGAGAAAUAUAACAAUCUCCUUGCGGCUGCAGCCUCUGGCGCACCAAAUGCAACUUGCAUAAAUUGGGGUGGAACUGCCUGCCUCUGGCGCGAUGCCUAUCACCCUGGGGUCGCUAUUCAGAAUCUUACCGCCCAGCAUGUGCAAUCCGAGCUGGACGGCUGGUUCGAGCGUUAA